AUGUCUUUUCCACAAUUUCUGAAGAAUCACGCGACCUUCAAUCAGCCAUCGCGCAUUCAGGAGGAAGACCUCGCACGGCAGAGCGCUCAUCGCGGUGUGGUUGCAAAAGAUGGUGUUGUUCAGCAGUCUUGUACCGACGACUUCUUGAUCGUUCUUUGUGUCGAGUUCUGUAAAGCUCAAUCCCAUCAGCUGAUAAGCAGAUUGCGACAGUUGGAUCGAGCAGAACAAGACGAACGUAUUGGAUUCAUAGCCCACGAAAUCAGAAGAUUAUUGCAUCACCCUCGGCUUUUCUCAUCCGAGUCUUCAAGGGUUCGAUUUCUCACCUUCUUGGCUGCCGAUUCGCGAUUCCAGUUAUGCGAAGCUAUCAGUGGCCUGCUGAUGCAAAGCGAGGUACAAGACAUACAAGAGGCAUGGCAAAAGAACGUCUCAAGGAAGGGAUACCUCGAUGGCACUAGGGGCUGGGAGAAUUUUCUCCUUUCUGACGCACCAGGUCUUCCUUUCACAUCGGAUCGAACCACACCUGAAUCCACGGUGCAGGUUCUGCCGCCCGUCGCCUCACGCAUUGUCGCUGGUUUUGAAAAAGAAGAGCGGGAGAUCUUGCACUUUGUACGACAGAACAAUCCUCCACUUGGUCGACCGGCACAGAUGACUACGAUGAUAGACUUCGAUAAUCCGACGGAAAACUCCGAAAGGGUACCUGACGCCCAAUUUCCGCAGAUCGUCAAGCAAGCAAUCUUUCGCCCUAAGAAUCAAGCAAUCGGCAGUGUGCUUCGGGCGCUCGUCACCAAUCUCUCAAACAUGGCUCCAGAUGCGCUUAAUCAGCUCACCGAGCAGAUUUGUUCCACUACUGUUCCUGAUGCCAUCAUUCCAGUCAUGACUGAUGCUCAGCUUGAUCAGUACGACGGCAAUCCAGGUGGUUUCAAUCGUCCCCGCUCCCGUGCAAUCAUGGCUCGCAACAAGGCUGAUGUGAAGAGAAAGGAUCGCGUCAACUUGCGUCCUCUCAAUGGCUUCAUCUGCUUCCGAUCCUACUACAGCCCCAUCUUCGCCGGUCUUACACAAAAGAUCAAGUCGGGACUUGUUCGUCAGCUCUGGCAGCACGAUCACUGGAAGCACUUCUGGGCGAUCGAGGCGAAGGCGUACUCUGAGAUUCGCGACGCCGAGCUUCGUGUUCGCCACAAGAACAACAUCACACUUGACCAGUUCCUAACCGAGACUGUUGGCUUGCUGGGCGUCAUUCCUGCGGACAAAUAUCUUUCAGUCAUGGGAUGGGAACUCUUGAACAAUGGGCCAAGCGAGUAUUUUCUGGUCAAGGUCAAUGCGGCGACUACGAUGCUCGACACACCUCUUAGUACCAACCUUUCUGCUGCAGACAUGGUCAAGCACUGCUACGAGACUGGUCUUGUGGAGGGUUCUUUUUCUGGUGGUGGUGGUGUUGCGAUGGCGUUUGCUGCUCAACCUAGCGUUCCAAAGAUUCCUAAUUUCGUGGGCGAGGACCGAAGCGUUGGUGCUUUCACUGAUGAACACGGAUACUUCGAUGAGAUGAUCGCUGAGGCCAAGAUCAAUGAAGACGCCAGUCAGGGUGAUCAGACUACCCCUGCUCCAUACGCAGAGAAUUUGUCCAUCGAGACAGCCACUGCGGAUGUGCAACGCGCUUUGGAAGAUUACCCAGACGAGUACCCAUACGCCCACCACUUCCAUCCUGAGGUUGGGGUUCCUAUCCUCGCAUUCGACCCGACAGUCAUCCAAGACGACUUCGAUCCCUUUGACCUCGGUGACUAUGUCGAGUUCGACGUUUAG